CGCAGUUUCUUGUCGCGCGCAACUGAAUUCAACGUGCAGUAAUGUGUAGUUGGGUGUAUGAAGUGUUGUUAUGUCAAGAGAUGCAUAUGCGAAGUAAAUAUUAAAAAUAUAAAUCGUGUACUUUUAUUUGUAUACGCUGUUUGGGAAAAUACAAUAAUAAAUAUAAACUACGAAAAGAAAGUUGUUUUUUAUUAAACAUUUCACAAAUAUUAGUAAUGUACAUCUGCUAACACUAAACUCAACUUGAAAGUGAUUCGAUCAUGCCGUGCUGGUAUUAUGAAAAGAAAGAACUACGGAACACACCGUCUAUUCAAGACGGUAUUGACUAUGACACGGAAUGCAGAUAUCGAAAAGAGGGUGCGCGUUUUAUCAUUGACACUGGUACAAAAAUGGAUUUAGGUUAUAACACAAUGGCAACAGGUGUAGUGUAUUUUCAUCGAUUCUACAUGUUUCAUUCGUUCAAGAAUUUUCCACGAUAUGUGACUGCUUGCUGCUGUUUACUCUUAGCUGGCAAAGUUGAAGAAACCCCUAAAAAAUGUAAGGAUAUUAUAAGGACUGCUAAAACAUUGGUAUCAGAACAGAAGUUUAUGACAUUUGGAGAGGAUCCUAAAGAAGAAGUAUUGACAUUGGAAAGAAUUUUAUUGCAAACUAUCAAAUUUGAUUUACAAGUGGAACAUCCAUAUAGUUACUUAUUGAAAUAUGCAAAAUGUCUUAAAGGUGAUAAAAGCAAACUACAAAAAAUGGUACAAAUGGCUUGGACAUUUGUUAAUGAUAGUUUAUGCACUACACUGUCAUUACAAUGGGAGCCAGAAAUUAUAGCUGUUGCUCUAAUGUACUUAGCAGGAAAACUAAGUAAGUUUGAAGUGGUAGACUGGGUGGGAAGGCAACCAAAACAUUUACGUUGGUGGGAUAUGUUUGUCGAAGAUGUGACUAUGGAUCUUUUAGAAGACAUUUGUCAUCAAGUAUUGGAUCUAUAUUCACAAGCCAAUAAUGCAAAACCACCUGAUUCACCACCUAUGGUACCAUCUAGUGAAGCUUGUAGAGAACGACCUGCUACUGUUGCUACUGCAGAUUCUGCAACUAACACACCAAAUGAAUUGACAAAUGUUACAGUAACACCAGGAAAAUCUACUAAGAUCGACACACCAGUCGUUUCUGCUAAUGGAUGUCCAACUACAGAUGUCGUAGAUACAAUAAAACCAAUAGAGGUUUCAACGGUACACUUUCCUACAUAUCCGACAAAUUUUCCAGCCUCCAACAAUACGAAUUAUCCACCCGCGUUUCCACCUGCUAAUGUUUCGGUACCACCUCCUCCUGUGAAUACAAUGAAUCAUAUUGUGCCAACAAUACAUCAUAUGGGGUCGUCCACUGCUAUUCGUCCUACACCACCGUCGGCAACGAUCACUAACCAAACCACUUUUCAGCCUUAUUCCUAUCCCACAAACGCAUCAUAUUUUCCAGCAAACAAUCCAAUGCCACCAGCUGCACCGCCACGAAGCUAUUAUCCCCCACAACCACAAUGAAAAACUAUGUAUCAUGUAUAUUCUUCGGUAUAACUGUAUCGAUUUAAGCGUUAUUAAUUAAAGAAAAAAAUUAGCAAAAUAUACAAUUUAAAUUUUGAA